AUGAAGAGAGAAUACGAGUUGUAUCGUGUUUACAACUGUCGUGUACGCUUCCAGCCCUACCUCGAACAACAUCAUUACCCUCCGACAAUUGUGCAGGUCACGAAUGGUGGCGGCAAAAACGAAGUUAAAAAAAUUCAUCAAAGUAAAGUUGCAAUGUGGCUCACGUUGAAGAGCAAAAGUCAACAUUAUGAUACAAUAUACAGCUCUUUUAUAGCUAUCAAGAAUGUCGGAAUAUUUUUAUGCUUUUCUGCCAUAAAUUCCAAGAAAUUGAUGGUGGGAGUGAAAAAAAGGCAAACGAACAACAGAAAAAAAAAUACAUUGCGAAGUGGAAAUGUUUUAUUGCUCAUUUUAUUCCAUCAUUAUGCCGAGUUUAAGUAA